AUGGCAUCAGCACUCGGAAUAUCCAAGCUCGCAGGAUCUCGUGUCCUCGUCAUCGGUGGCUCUUCAGGCAUUGGAUUCGGUGUCGCUGAAGCGGCCGUCCAGAACGGCGCUUCGACCGUCUUCAUCUCCUCCUCUUCCCAAUCCAAAAUCUCCGCCGCCAUCGAACGUCUUAAAGAAAAGAACCAGUCCGCCAAAGUCCAACUUCACGGCAUCCCUUGCAACCUCGGCUCCCCCGAGACGCUCAACUCGGAAGUCGACAAACUCUUCACCGAAGUCUCCAAGUCCGGAAAACUAGACCACGUUGUCUACACGGCUGGUGACAAGCUCGCUGUCGGAAAGCUUGAGGAUUUUUCGCUCAAGGAUAUCCAGCAGGCUGGUACCGUGCGCUUCUUCGCACCUCUUGUUGUUGCGCAGCAGCUUCGAAAGCACCUGAAAGAAUCCGAAUCUUCUUCCUUCACCGUCGCCACUGGUGGUGCAGUCGAGCAUGCAUCCAAGGACUGGACAGUCAUGUACUCUUACCUCUCCGGUAUUCGAGGUAUGGUCCGCGGUCUGGCUGUUGAUCUAGCUCCUAUUCGCGUCAACGCCGUCGCCCAGGGCCCGAUCGAGACGGAACUUUGGGACAGUGUCAAGCAAGCUGGGUACUGGGAUGCUGUGACUGGCCGACUCAAGGCUAGAAUGACUACAGGGUCGAUUGGAAAAGUUGAGGAUGUGGCCGAGGCUUAUGUCUACUUGAUGAAGAACAAGAACGCGUCUGGAAGUAUUGUUGAGACUACUGGAGGAACACUCAUGUCUUAG